AUGGAGUGCGACAAAUGUGGCUACAAGUCCGUGCCGCAAUGGUUGAAUGACAAAGCCCACUGCCUAAAAUGUCAAGCCGUGUUGCGUACUAGAGGCUCCAUCCACGAGCCCAAGCGGGAGGUUUUCGGGGCUGAGGCUAACGGCGAGAGCAGACGAGUGGCAGGAGAGGUGAGUACGUUCAAGCAUGACGCCUCCAGUGCCAUGGAGUCCAGCUCUGGAAGUUGCACCAAGUCACCGGAUGGAACUCAUCACUGGAAGUAUGGGAAGUGCAACUACUGCCAGGCACCCGAAGGCAAGCUGGCUAAAGGUCCAGGUGUCAUGGCGAAUCCGGGUGGUGCGGCCGAAUGUGACAAAGGGGGCAAGUGCAUGUUCAAGUUUGCCAAAUGCACGAAGUGCGGCAGACCUGAGAUGGGCGGCAAGGUCUGA